AUGUGCAGAUUAAAACCAUCGUUUGCCCUCUUAGAUUUUAUUCAUCAUUCCAUCUACAAUUUUAACAUAAUUAAUGAUAGAUUCAAAAAUUUAGUGCUAUUUACCAUUCAUUCAUUUAUUUAUCAAAAUCAGUUCAAAACCAAAAAAUAAAAAGUAUUUCUUUCUACUAAUAUGAGGUGAGGCGACGAAUGUGA